AUGACAGCUCUAAGCAACCGUGAACGAUAUGUAUGUCAUUACCGCACCCUCAAGCAAGCAGUACAGCAUGGAUUGAAAAUCACUAAAGUUCAUCGAGGUGUGCGGUUUGAGCAGGAGGACUUCUCAGCACCCUACAUCAUGCUAAACACCAGACUUCGACAGCAGUUGAAGAAUAAGUUAGAGAAAAAUUUCUUCAAACUCAUGAACAACGCUGUGUUUGGUAAGAUGAUGGAGAAUGUGCGAAAAAGGGUGAGUAUGGAGCUAGUGAAUGAUGAGAAUCGAUUGAAGAAACUGAUUGCUCGACCAGUUUACAAGGACCGCAUCAUAUUUGGUGAGAAUAUUUGCGCUGUUACGAUGCAUAAGGAAAAAGUAAAGCUGUACAAACCCAUCUACAUUGGUUUGACAGUGUUGGACAUAAGCAAGACCCUUAUGUACCAGUUCCACUACAAUGUGAUGAAACCUACGUACAAAGAGAACCCACAACUGCUUUAUCAGGAUACUGACAGCUUAUUCUACAUCGUGAAAACUGAGAACCUAUACAACGACAUCAUCAACAACCAACAACUGAAAGAUACCUUUGACACUUCAGAGUACCCUGCAGGCCACCCAUGCUACUCAGAUGCAAACAAAAUGGUGCUUGGCAAGUUUAAAGAUGAAUAUGCUGGCCGAGCGCCACUUGAGUAUGUAGGCCUGCGAUCAAAGCUAUAUGCCUGUAGGUGUUACAAUAGUGAUCCAAAUCAGCUGACAAGUGGAUUGAUAAAGAAAGCUAAAGGAGUGAGGAGACCAAUACUUGGGCGAGAACUCUCAAAAAUGCAUCCAGAUGCUGAACGUUACAUAGGCUUCCAAGACUAUCUAGAUUGUCUAUAUGGUGAUGAGGAUAUCUAUAGAGAACAAGUGAUGUUUGGCACUAGGAAACAUCAGAUCAUGACCCAAGUCAUGAGAAAGAAGGCACUGAGCAAAGCUGAUGAGAAGAGUAUGGAUAAGACAGUAUUAGCACAAGCUGCAGAAGCAAUCUUGUUGGAACUUCCCAACAAGAAAGGUUACAGUCAAAGGUCUUUAUGA